CCAAGGACCCCAGGCUGAUGGGUGCCCACUUCAGCUCCAAGGCCACUACCGCAGCCGCCGAGGCGCCGGGAGAAGCGCUGCGCUUCCACGAGGACGCCCGGGGCGCGCAGGUGCAGCUGGGCCCGCUGGGGUGCACGGCGCACCGGGGCGCCACGUUCCACGACGGCAUCGUGUUCAGCCAGCGGCCGGUGUGGCCCGGCGAGCGCGUGGCGCUGCGCGUGCUGCGCCAGGAGGGCGGCUGGUGCGGCGGCCUCCGCGUGGGCUUCACGCGCCUGGACCCCGCCAGCCUGUCGGCGCCCAGCCUGCCGCCCUUCGUGUGCCCGGACCUGGAGGAGCAGAGCCCGACUUGGGCGUCCCUGCUGCCGGAGGGCUGCGUGCGCGCCGGGAACGUGGUCUGCUUCUGGGUGAACCGCCGGGGCUGGCUCUACGCCAAGGUCAACGCCGGCCGCCCGCUCCUGCUGCGCAAAGACGUGCUCAUGGGCGCCCCGCUCUGGGCGGUGAUGGAUGUGUACGGGACCACCAAGGCCAUCGAGCUGCUGGAUCCAGCCACACCCUUGGUCUCCAGUGAGGAUGCUGGGCCUGAUCUCAAAGCCACACCAGGAGAGGAGUGUGUCAUCUGCUUCCACAAUGCUGCCAAUACCCGUCUUGUUCCCUGCGGCCACUCACACUUCUGCAGCUCCUGUGCCCAGCGAGUCUUCAGGGACACGGCCAAAUGCCCUGUGUGUCGGUGGCAGAUUGAGGAGGUGGCCCUGGUGAGGACUGGGGAAGGCUCAUAAGCGGAGAAGGCUUCCCAUGUGAGUGGCAGAUGGGGCCUUGCUCUGAGCCUGACCGUGGGAGGUGCACCUCUUCCCUCCUUCGCGGCACCGAUCAGCAGCAAUAGCAGGGAGAGGGCAGCCAGGGUCUGGCUGCUUCUGGACUUUCCCUCAGGCUCAGGCCGGGACGAGUAUGGUAGAGCAGAAGAACCUUCUCUUUCUGCCUAUGUUGGAAUGUACCCCUGUGGGGUGCUGUGUUCAGAUUUCUCAUCGUACAGCUGAGGAAAUACAAGGGUCUCUCCAUGUCUGCUGGAAGCCCUGUAGCCCCUAGGUGGCUUUUUAAAAAAUGUAUCUUCUUCUUUUUGGUUUUUGUUCUGAUUCGGAAGCUUGGGCCAUAGGCCAGAGCGCUCUCCCUUAGCUUUUUCACUUGAGACUGGUACUCUACUUGAGCCACACUUCCAUGUCCAGUUUUUUUUUGGGUAGUGAAUCGGAGGGAAGAGUUGCACAGACUUUUUUGCUUGAGCUGGCUUCACAUUGCCAUCCUCAGAUCUCAGCCUCCUGAGUAGCUAGGAUUACAGGUGUGAGUCACGGGUGCCCAUCACCCCCAGGUGUGGAAACCAGAAGCAGGGAGAUAACGAAGGUGGCUGGAUCCCAGGAAGUGAUCUUGGUGACUUGGCAGAGCUGUGAGGUCCCAGGGACGUCGGGCAUUGGACACAGCUGCAUUGGUGUCAUUGUCCCUUCCUUGCCAAUCUCUGAGAUAGCAGAGUCAAGAUGGUCUUGUAUAGUUCUUUUGUCAUGAUUUCUGGGCUGAGUGGGAAGUAGAAUGUUAGAACACCCCUGAACAUGCAGAGAGGCUUGAUGGGGUUCCAGGCCCUCAGGCUCAGGGGCUCUAUUCAACUAAGCCUGCACAGAUGGUUCAAUGUUUCCAGCCCUUAGGUUCCAGCCAGACUUUGCCCUUGCCACCCUGGGUUUUGGUGACUUCCUGGAGGCUCUGCCUACUGAUUUGUUGUCCUCCCCUACCCCUAGAGACAUUUCUUGGGGGGAGUUAAAGAAAAGGAUUGAUAUGCAUUGAGAUAAAAAUUAUAAUGGUGGGUUUCUCCACAAAUGGCCCUCUGCCCACCCUGUCACCAGCUUGGGGGUCAGGAUGUCAGGCUGGACACCACCAGCUAACUUCCUGCAGCAGAAAUUCCUUUCUGCCAACCACAAGGGACCUUACCUGGGGGGCAUGUGACAUGACUUCCGUGAGCCUGUUUCUUUAUCUGGAAAGUAGAAAUAAGAUAAUUUUCUUGCUGGCAAUCUGUAAGAAUCAUAUGCUUUCCUUAAAAUAUUCAAAGUAUGGCAUCUCCCAGAAAAGGUCCCAAAUAACACUAGGCCGAGUGUUAAGGGCCUGGGUAUCAGGGACCUGGCUUUCACUAAGGACCUCAAAACACCACAAUUCAGGGUGAAUUUGAUCAAAGUAAAUUGUAUGUGUGUUAUAAAUAUCACAAUGAAUUCCAAGUUGUACAAUUUAUAGUAAUAAAAUUUUUUUAAAUGAA